AUUUUCAUUACAUUGAUAAUUAACUGCUAAUUAGACUGUGACGCCGCUUUAGCCGUUGGCUCGGUAACACUGUUUGUCAACGGCUCUGGAUUGUUAGCACGUUUCACACGGUGACGUAACUUUCACGCCCAUGUUGAGCGCAGAGGCUGCUGGGAAGAAAGGUCAAGAAUCGGUGGCUGACUGUGGAAGACAACGGAACCACUGCAGCAUGAAAGAUCAUCGGGUUGUAGAGCUAACUUAUAAUACUGCCGGAAAAAACUACUUCUCUUCAUCGAAUGAGAUAUGUACGCGUUGUUGCCUUCAAUACAGCAACAGUUAUAAGAAGCUAGUGUCCGUUUUUCUGAGACUCAGUCGACAAUCUGGCUAGCUAUCGUUAGCUGGCUAGCGGCUGCAUUGUUAUUGUUUUCGCUUCGUUUGGUGGCCUGAUAAACACCAUUACUCGAGGUUCCCCGGCCAAGGCAGGGAUCCGGACUGCCUGAGUGAUGUUUUUCUGUCCGUCCCGGGAAGAUGGAUGAGAAGUCCAGCAGCAGCAGCAGCCACCACCGACUCCUGAUCGUCCUGCUCAUGGUGUUGCUCUUUGGCGUCAUCAUGAUCCAGUAUGUUUGUCCGAGCAGAUCUGAAUGCCAGAUGCUCCACCAGCUGGGAUCCUGGUUUAAAGACGGCGGUGCAACUGGCUCCAGGAGCAGGGGCAAAGAAAUCCAAGACGGGCUGCAAAGGGAUCCCUACAUUGCAGAGGACGGCGCUCUGGUCCGCUUUGUCCCUCGCUUCAACUUCACCAAAGCCGAUUUAAAUCGUGUUGUAGACUUCAACAUCAAAGGUGACGAUGUCAUUGUUUUCCUGCACAUUCAAAAAACGGGCGGCACGACGUUUGGUCGACACCUGGUGCGAAACAUCCAGCUGGAGAGGCCCUGCGAGUGUCACGCAGGUCAGAAGAAAUGUACCUGUUUCAGGCCAGGUAAAAAAGAGACCUGGCUCUUUUCCCGUUUCUCUACCGGCUGGAGCUGCGGGCUUCACGCAGACUGGACUGAGCUGACCAACUGUGUCCCGUCACGCAUGGACUCACGAGAGGUUCCCGAGAACCUGCCCAGUAGGAACUAUUAUUACAUAACCAUCCUAAGAGACCCGGUAUCACGCUACCUGAGCGAGUGGCGUCAUGUGCAACGUGGUGCUACAUGGAAGGCCUCCUUACACGUGUGUGAUGGACGGUCACCCACGCUGUCUGAGCUGCCAAGCUGCUACUCAGGAGAUGACUGGUCAGGCUGCUCCCUGCAGGAGUUCAUGGACUGCCCCUACAACCUGGCCAACAACAGACAGACCCGCAUGCUGGCUGAUCUCAGCUUGGUGGGCUGCUACAACGGCUCUGCCAUGAGUGAGGAAGAACGCUGGGCGGUGCUCCUGGAGAGCGCCAAACGUAAUCUACGCGGUAUGGCCUUCUUUGGCCUGACAGAGUAUCAGCGCAAGACCCAGUAUCUGUUUGAGCGUACCUUCAAUUUGGAGUUCAUCGCACCCUUCACACAGCUCAAUGGUACACGCGCCUCUAGUGUUGAGGUUCCCCCCGAGAUACAGCGCAGAAUCCUCGAGCUAAACCGAUGGGACGUAGAACUGUACGAGUACGCCCGUGACCUUUUCCUGCAGCGCUUCCAGGUGGCGAGGCAGCAGGAGCGCAGGCAGGCCAGGGAGAGGAGGCAGCAGGAGAGGAGGCGGCUCCGUGGAAGGCUCACAACGAAGCAAGGGAGGCAGCUGAAGCCCACAGAACCACCGUGUCAGCCUGAUAGACAAUCAGUAGUGACUGAGGAGCAAAGGACGAAUUCCGAUGGAGACAGUGUGGAGUCAGAAAUCCCAGAGUGGUGGGAUAUGGAAGAGAACGGCACCAUGGAGGAUUAUAUGGACAAUGUAGAACAGUGGUAGAGACUAAACAAGAAGUUGGGUGUCUUAAUAAUGUGUGCCAAGUUCUGCCUUGUCUGUUGUCAAUGAAUCCAAGUCAUUUUAAUAUAUGCCUUCAACUGAAGUUUCCUUUCUCUCACCACAAACUGUUUUAAAUGACACACAUUUAUUUAUUGAUACUGAUUGUAUGUUUUUGCUACAACUGACAUUAAUUAUGGAUACAUUUGACAUAAAGAAAGGCUGGCCUAGGUACCUGCACUCCGAUACCUUCCAGUGAUCACAUGAGCCUCUGAGACUGUUCUCCUGGCAUUUAAACACAUCUGAACUCUUGUUAUUUAGCUUGGAAAGAGAGGAUGUGCAUUUUUUUCUUUGUUAAAAAAGAACAAUGUUAUACUUGUUUCUAAAAAAUAAUACAUUACUGUUUGUGCUUAACAAUCUAUAUGUUUGCCAAAUUGUUGUCUUGUCUGAAAUACGUACAUUUUAAAAUGUACCUGUGAUUUUCAGUGUCUUUUGAGUAACAGAAACAGAGAAUGGAAUAGAUACCUCAAUGUGUAACAUUAAUUGCUAAUGUUGUAAAAUUACUGAAUGUGUCCCAAGUUUCAGUUUUCAUAUAAAAAUACUUUUACAUUCAC